UAAUGUAUCUGAUGCCUUACUAGAUUUUAUUUUCUCUAUGAUAUUAUGCAAUGAAUGGACAUAUUCGAGUAUGAAAGCGAUAACCUUUACACCCAACGCAAUAUAAAUAGGAUACCGCUGUAAGAACACGAAUCAAAGACGCACCAAUAUGAAUUUAAUCGAGAAAGCGGCUAUUUCUUGCCUUUUAUUAUCUCUACUUGUAUCAGUAUGUUACUGUUCGCAUUUUCGUGGAGCUAUGAUCUUCUGGAAACAAAAUUUGGAUGGCAUUUCUAUUGACAUAGAUAACCGUCAGUCCUGGAGGAGAACUUCCCAAAUUCCGGAAUGUAACGAGACGACUAUGGCUCAAGGCUUUAACUAUUCGGAAGGUUCUUUAACACAAAAACGUCCGUACUUUGGUUUUUCCUACAGCUCUUUUAAUGCCCCAUUUGAAUACGAAUGUACAGAUUACAGCAUAAAAGAGGACUGGCAGUCGGGACGGGGACAUAUCUCUUUUGUACCAAAUAAUACAAGUACAAGCUGGUAUGAAAUGGAAUUUUCUGGGUGUUGUUGGAUUGGCACGUUAUUGUAUGGUUCGGGAUCCUGGGAGCUGAUUGUAAGGAUGAACACCACGGUUCGAAAGGACACUAUGAGAAUGAAUGCUUCUCCUAGGAUUGAUUUUCCUCCUAUAGUCCGACUUCAGUACGGGUGCAACCACACGAUUCAGUUACCAGUUUCAGAUGAGGAUGGUGACAUAGUUAAAUGCCGUUGGGCAACCAGUUUAGAAGCCGCUGGCAUUAGUAAUGCAUUUCCAAACGCUAAAAUUGAACAGGACACGUGUACAAUAAAAUAUACAGCUAUAUACACAGCAGGUCUGUACGCUGUUGCCGUGCAGAUAGAAGAUUACAACUAUAACAUAUCAUCCAAGCCAUUAAGUUCCAUACCAUUACAGUUUCUAGUAUCUGUAGAACAAAAAUGCCAGAAAUUGCAGCACUUUCGAGCGCGAACGUCCGAAAUUUGUCGGAUUAACACUGCCAGAUAAAGCCUGUGUCGGUGUAAUGAAUGGUACAGAUUUCAAUACUAAUAUAACAAUUCAAAGUGGAUCAGAUAACAGUAUAUCUGAAGUGAAUACGAUUUCUCCAGUAGGAUUGAUAAAGUCUUCACUAGCUUUGUCUAACUUGACCGGCAACUGGCAUAUCAGUGUGAAAUGGAACCCCAAUAAGACUGACACUGUCAAUAACGUGUUUUGCUUCACGGCCGUUGACGAUAGUGGUCUAUCCAGUGAUCAGAGGUGCAUAACAUUGCUCGCAGGAGUCCCGCCAGCAAACAUCAUCGCGAGUUCAAAACUACCAGCCAGUCAUGUCGUUCCAAUAUCUCAAAGAGUGUGGUCAAUCAAGUUCGACCAAGAGUCUAAACAAACGACGAAAUCGGCAUAUAUCUACUUAUAUCAUUCCAACGGAACACUUGUGGAGACAAUAGAUGUUUCCAAAUCACCUGGUAUUACAUACUCCUUUUCUACAAACACAACUGGACUGCAGUUUACUACAAGAACCGAGUUACAGCCUGGAGAAAAUUACUAUUUUCUAUUUGGUCAAGGUCUGGUGCAGGGAAAAAGUUACUGUGGUGCCGAGUCAAAGUCUAUUUUGGACCCUAACUUCUGGACAUUUUCUACACCAAAGGAUGUUGACGUUCGUUGUUACAAAGGAUACACCUUGAUCCCAUGUGAAAAAUCCUUUCUAACCUGUGAAGAUGACUGGAGCUUUAACAAUCCCUGUAACAAGGUCAAUACGCUCGCUGGUCACACAAAGAUCCCCCAUCCGGCAUUAGUCGACACAUUUCUGGUAUGUGACUUCUCUGGCAAGACGUAUAUAGCUCACUGUCCACCUGGUGAGAUUUUUCACGCUGAGUGUUCAGAGUGUGCUCCAAGCGAGGUCGUUUCUUCUGUAAGUUGUAGAACCGAAGCAAAAGAUGUGGAAAACCCGUGUAAUUCUCAAAGUAUCAUGACAGGGAAACGGUUUUUCUCGUACCCUGGCAACACCGCUAAAUUCAUCUUCUGUGAUGUUUGGGGUUUCCCUUGGGAACAACAAUGCCAGACUGGCUAUCUUUGGGACGACAUUAAGAAGAUUUGUGUUCAAAAGAAUAAAACAAAAUAAUAAAAGUGUCCGCACUAGAUUAUUUGCUGAGUAUUAAUCAAAACGGAGUUAUCAAAUAAUUAAUUCCUUAUUUUGUUUGUUUCCUAUUUCAUUUUACAAGUCGAAAAUUUUCAUAAUUUCCUUUACAAAGAAUAACAUACGCAAUUCGCUAAAAUGGAAGGCAACACAACAGUGUGUCAUGUGAUUCUUCAUUAUAUUAUUAUCAGUGAGUCUCGAGUUUAGAUAAACAGUUGACAUCUUUUCAUAUAUUUAUUUUCUUUAAUAAACCAUAUUAUAGCGAUUUGAAAGAUUAGAUUGCAAUAAGUACAGCUCCUGAAAUUAACUGUCACGGAUACAUCAGCCUCUUCAUUCUUCCGGCUAUGUCACGUACUUUAACAUAUAUGUCUGGAUAAAGGCGGAUCCGCGGGGGAGGGGGUGCCUGUGCCGGAGUUGGAGGGAAAGCUGACAAUCAAAUUAAAAAGCCAUCAAUUUUGUCAAAAUUUACAAAUUCAGAAGAUGACAUUGCGUCAAAUAUUCAUGCUCAGACAAUGUAAAAUAAACACCAGACUGCAUCAUUUGAAGUAUACUUGCCAAGUCAGAAUAUAUUUACAGGAAAUCGAUUUUUGCCUACAGCUAAAAUGCUUUAAUUACGUGACAUCCAAUUUUAAAAGAGCAAAUAUGAUGUACCACAGUUCCAAACAAAAUUCUUUUAAGGUAAUAGCUGUGAAAGAAUGUGUAAAAAUGUUAUUGAAUUUA